AUGUAUGGCCUACAAACUUCAUCUGGAGUUUAUUCGACGGCGCUCAUGAGGAUACAAGCAGAACAAGAUGACAACCCGAAGAUCCAAUGGGCUGUCUCGCACGGAGAGAGACUUGGCUCAUUAAAACUACACGGCCCUUUUUCUGAAAAGCAGAAACAAGUGCCGGAUGAGUGCUCCCAUCGUCACCUGCAACACCCACCCCGGUUCAGUGUGCCACGACCGAAAUGCUUCAUCUUGGCAACGUCACGUGCCUCCACCUGUCGACAACGACAAUCGCACUUGUGCUUGGACCUUUCUCAACUGUCAAUUUCACCGCUGACACCUUGUUACACAACCCACCAAUCAACCUCCGAAUCUCAUUCAUUCACCAGAACUGGAACUCAUCAACUGACAUUCCUAGAACGUCACUAUUCGUAUGAGUGUAAAGCCUCAGCUGCGGAACGGCCCUACAUCCCGAGGCCGUCGCGCACCCAGCAGCUCUUUAACCCCAAGCUGUUACCCAAGCUUACUAGUGCCGUGCCGCCUCAGGACAAGAAAGGUGUGGCCGACGAGAUUCUAGCCCAGAGGGAGGCUGAGCGGGCCAAGAAGAAGGAGCUGGAAAGGGACGACGAGUCACCAUCUAGAGACGUGAGCCCAAGGCGAAGCAGGAGCCUUCUCGCCAUUCCAAGUCACCUCCACGGAGAGCACAUGCGCAAGACUUCUUUGAGCCAUCGCCUAAGGCGCCUUCGGCCCGCCAACGCUCGAUCGACUCCCGGGGUCGGUAUUCUAGCCGGAGGUCAGAGAGCCCGGUCAAGCACUCAUCGCGGAAAGGGUCGCUGCCUCCUCGUCGUCGUUCGCCGUCGCCCCGCCGUGAGCGCGGACGUGACUCCGGGAGGGCAAGGCCAUCCAGGCGCGACUAUUCUGUUUCCGAGUCCAGAUCCAGGUCACCAGUUCGCUCACCGGUCCGGCGAGACGGCAGAGGAGAAAAUCACAGGGCAGGAGGAUACUACCGGGACAGGGAAGAUGGCCGUAGACAGCCGAGAUACAGGAGUCCGUCGCCGCAACGACCUCCAAAGCGCGAACCGUCUCCUGCGCCACCGCCGCGCGAGCGGAGUCUCAGCCCUUUCAGCAAGAGAUUAG